CCUCCGCCCCGGUGCCCGCCGGCUGCCAGGCUCGCACCCCCCCUCGGCCGCGGGAGCAUCCUCGCCUCCGGGCCGCCCCGGGGGUGUGCGAGGGGCGGGGCGGCCGCCCAUUCGCUGGCGGCGGGGAGCGGCGGCUGGUCUGGAGCCGGAGCCGCAGUCGGGGCAUCGCGGGACGCGCCGGGCUGCAGCCGCUUUCGCUUCCCCCUGGGCCGACAUCUGCCCGGGCCCGAGAGAUGUGAGCGGCCGCGCCCAGCCCCAGCCCGAGCCGCGGAGGUGCCAGGGGCCGGCAUGACGGACGUGAGGGCCACGGACCCCCGGGCGCCUCCCUGCGCCGCCGACGGGACGGGCUCCCCCGCCGCCGCCGCCGGCGCGCCCUUCCGCGGGCAGCCCGAGCCCCUGGACGCGGCGCUGGACGGGCUGCUCUACCCGCGCAGCAGCGACGACGACGACGAGGAGGGGGAAGGGGAGGAGGCGGCGGCGGCGGCCGAGGAGGCGGAGCGGGGCCGGGAGCGGGCGGCGGGCGGCGGCUGCUCUGUGUUCCGGGGCGCCCCGGCGGACAAGGACGCGCUGGACAGCGUCCUGGACACGCUGCUGGCUCCCGCCGGGCCGCCCAGCCCCGCCGCCUGGGCGCUCUUCGGCGCCGGCCUCGCCGACCUGCCCGGCGCCAGCCGCCACGCCGAGCCGCGGCCGGGGGAGGCGCCGCCGUGGCCCGCCGCCAAGGCGCCCGCGGGGGGACGCGGCGCGGCGCCGAGCCCCGACGGCGACGCCCCGGACUACCUGCACGUGCCCCUGCUGCCCCUCAACUCGGCCUACCUGGCCUCGCGCACGCGGCAGCUGCUGGACGGCGAGGGCGGCGAGGGCCCGCGGGGCUCCCCCGCGCCCGCCCCGCCGGACCCGCCCGACCCGCCGCCCUUCGCCUACGGCGGCGACCUGCAGCCCGCGCUGAAGAUCAAGGAGGAGGGCCUGGGCGCCGCGCCCUACCUGGGCGCCGAGCCGCCCGCCGGCGCCGACUACGCGCUGCUGCCCGCGCCGCCCCGCGCCGGCCCCGACGCCGCGCUCGAGGUGGUGCUGUACAAGGCCGAGCCCGCGGCCGCCUACGGCGCCCCAGGGCUCUACCGCGCCGCGGCGCCGCGGGACUCGCUGCCCUCCACGUCCGCCGCGCCGCCGGCCCUGUACGCGCCCGCCGGCCUCAACGGGCACCAGCCGCUCGGCUUCCCGGCCGCCGCGCUCAGGGACGGCUUGCCCCACGUCUACCCGCCCUAUCUCGGCUACGUGAGGCCACAUACUGAAAUGAGCCAGAGUCCUCAAUUCAGUUUUGAAUCUUUACCUCAGAAGAUUUGCCUGAUCUGUGGUGAUGAAGCUUCUGGUUGCCACUAUGGAGUACUUACCUGUGGAAGCUGUAAAGUCUUCUUCAAGAGGGCCAUGGAAGGGCAGCAUAACUAUUUAUGUGCUGGAAGAAAUGACUGCAUAGUUGAUAAAAUCCGUAGGAAGAACUGUCCAGCAUGCCGCUUGAGGAAGUGCUGUCAAGCUGGAAUGGUCCUUGGAGGUCGAAAGUUUAAAAAGUUUAACAAAGUCAAAGUUGUGAGGACACUAGAUGUUGCACUACAGCAGUCUUCAGGCCUUCCAGAAGAAAAUCAAGCUCUAGCCCAGAGGCUAUCCUUUUCUCCCAAUCAUGAUAUACAGUUUGUUCCCCCAUUGAUAAGUGUCCUACAGGGCAUUGAGCCAGAAGUUGUCUAUGCAGGUUAUGACAACACGAAACCUGAAACACCAAGUUCUUUACUGACCAGUCUAAAUCAGCUAUGUGAGAGGCAACUCCUUUCUGUAGUCAAGUGGUCUAAAUCACUACCAGGAUUCCGGAAUUUGCACAUUGAUGAUCAGAUAACCCUCAUCCAGUACUCUUGGAUGAGUCUAAUGGUGUUUGCAUUGGGAUGGAGAUCAUAUAAGCAUGUCAGUGGUCAGAUGUUAUAUUUUGCACCUGAUUUGAUUCUAAACGAACAGAGGAUGAAAGAGUCAUCAUUCUAUUCACUGUGUCUAUCCAUGUGGCAGCUCCCACAGGAAUUUGUCAGACUACAAGUUAGCCAGGAGGAGUUCCUCUGUAUGAAAGCACUGUUACUUCUCAAUACAAUUCCUUUGGAAGGUCUAAGAAGUCAAAGCCAAUUUGAUGAGAUGAGAGCAAGUUACAUUAGAGAACUGGUCAAAGCAGUUGGAUUGCGCCAGAAAGGAGUAGUGGCCAACUCGCAGCGUUUUUAUCAGCUUACGAAACUCAUGGACUCCAUGCAUGAUCUAGUGAAACAACUCCAUCUGUUCUGUCUGAACACCUUUCUUCAGUCUCGGGCACUGAGUGUUGAAUUCCCAGAGAUGAUGUCAGAAGUGAUUGCUGCCCAACUACCCAAGAUUCUGGCAGGGAUGGUGAAACCUCUCCUUUUUCACAAAAAGUGAAAUGUCUUUUCUCUUAUUGUAGAGAUGAUUUUUGUGCCUUUGUUCGUUUGUUUAUUUUGGUCAGGAUUUUGCAGUGUCAGGACUUUAAGAUAUUUGUUUUAUUUACCUACCGCCUUACACCUGUAACAUACAAUUGCUCUAUAAGUUUGAUGUACAUAUUGUGAGCUCCUGAUUCCUUUUACUGUUGAAAUCACAAUUAUCAUAAGAUAUAUUUUGUAAGUUCAAAUAGUUGCUCCUUAGGAAUGCACAAGAAUGAUAAUGAAAUGAACCUUCAGAUUUCUAAGAAUAGUUUUCUUAGACAUUUUUCUUACAUAAUAUUCAUUUUUAAACUUCUGCUAUGACAUGGAGUAAACCUUCUGCAGUAGUGUAUGGGUAUGGUGGGCAUAUGUAUAAAUAUAAACAUUUGAAGGAAUUAAAAGGUAUAUUGCUCACAUUUACUUAUGGAUACACCUUUUUCUCAUUAACCUGCCUCAUAGAAGUAGCGUUUCAAAAUACAGCACCCAGGUUUAGACAGAUAGUAUAUUCGGACCUUCACAAGUAAUUAGCAUAGUGAAAGCAUCAUUUGCAUUCAUAUAUAUGCACGUCUGUGAAGAAGUUCUCCCUUAUAUAUUGGAAGGGCAUGGGAAACAGCAACUUGUACACCUCCUAUUGAAACCCCUGUGUGUAUUCAUACACACGCAAACAGACACAUCUAGUUUUUGCUCUUACUGUUUUUUAUCAGCAUGGCAGUUAUCACUAAAGUUAAGCCAUUUGGCUCUAAUUUUAAAAGUUAUAACCUCUAAAAUGUAUUCACAUAGUCCCUGCUAGGUCUGUUAGAAGCUUUAAAUAUAUUUAAUUUACAUGUCUUUACAACAUUUAGAAGUCUUUUGACUGACUACAUACAUUAGUGAUCUUAACAUGUUAUUGGAUAUGUUAAAACUCAACGAAAUCAAAUUAUAGGGCAAUCAAAUGCACAAAGAAAUGGAAAUAAUGACCACCAGAGUUUUGAAAUACAUCAGUCCAUUAUAAUGCCAUUCAGUGGAGUCAUAUCAUUUACAAAGACCUGUUAUAACAAAGAUAAUGUUGAAGGAGGUUACUGUGACUGGGAAACCAAGUAGAGUAGAAGGAUAUAAUUAAAGAGGAUAUCAUAGUGUUUACAGUGGGCAUGAAAUGUUAAUAUUAACAGACCACAGUGUGAUUUUUUGUUCCCUCAGUUAUGGGUAUGAAAAUACUCACAGAUCUAAUACAGGUCAGCUGUGUGUAUGUUCAAAUGAGAGAGGAAUGGAGCAAGGCAAAACAAAAGUAGCCACGAGGCUGCAAAAUUAUGACUACAAGAUUUGCUGAACAUUAAAAGAGAGAGUAAGUGAUUAUACUACCCAUGGAAGCUAGAGUCACGAUUCUCAAAAAUUCCCAGGAGAACUUCUCUGGAGGAUGGCAGGAUGAUCAGUUGUCUCCUUUUAGAGAUGUGUAAGAAAAUGUUGCACAUAAAAAUCAUUAAAAAAUAGCCCAAUAUUGGAAAAGAGAAGAGGCAGGAUACAGAAAAUGCUAUAGAUAUACUUUCCUGUUGGAUAGCCUAGCCUGACAUCUUAACUAUCUAUAGACAUUUAAAUAAUUUUAAUUUUACUGGCACAGCCAGACUAUAACAUGAAUCUUCAUGGCAAUUGCCUUCUAAACUUAAUAAGUAUUUGUUUUAGCAUAAUGGGGGUGUUUUGUAUUUACAUUACUUAUUUUAUUUUAGCUAAUUCCAGAUGCUUCCUUCCUUUUUGGCCAUUAAUAUGUUGCAUAGUAACAACAGUCCAGUAAACUAUCUGAGAAGCCAAAUGUGUUGGCAAGAUUUACCAUUCACUGAUCUACUGUUAAGUGUCAUUAAGCUAUUGUCACACACAUCCUUUCCCAUGCUAUAAAAAAUUAAGAAUACUAUCUCUGAAUAUAGAAGGGAACACAAUAACCUUAAAAAUAUUCAGGCUACACCAAAUGUUAAUCAAUUUCUUCAGAGUGGUCAAAGUAGGCACCACCUUACUCUGUUCACUUUUGUAGUAGAUAUAUGGCAGAUAUCCUUAGAACAGUUCAGACUUGUCUCAAAGACAUCAUCAAGAAACUUAAGCUGAAAUUAUUUUCUGUGAGAAAAUACUAAAACCUGAAAAGAAAGUAUAAAAAAAUACUUCUGGAUUUCUAAAGAGUUCCCAUUGCAUCAUACUCAUGAUGACUUGUGCAUAAAAAGAAUCUGUCUAAGUUUGGUCUUUGUACCAUUUGCCAAUCUGGAUCAUCCAAAGGCAAAAUAGAUUUGAUUUGUGCACUUCCAGCUUUGAUUCCAGUGUAAUUCCUCUAGCUGUUUUAUUUCCGGGUUUGGUACCAUCACCUGGCCUAUAUUUUAACCUACUCUGUACAUGAUCAGAAUAUGUAGAACCUGCUUGUAUACUACACGGCUGCAGGCUUGGCCAGCGAUCCAGCAAAAACUACAGUUAACAAACCUAAUUUUCUUAGGAGCUGCAGAGUAGUAAUGGGCUUUACAUAAAGUUUGUAUAAAGGUCUUCUCUAUAUAGCUGUUUAUAUAGCUUGGUCUAAGAUAAGGGACAUUUCUUAGCUUGCCAGCUGCAAAAGCUCUAAAACUGAUAUUAUAUUUAGUGACUGUAAAUAUUAGACAAAGUCUCAUAAUUCUGAACUUCUCACAUUGCAUUUUGCAGACUCAAAUGUCUGACUCGUGUUCUGGCCCUUGGCACUGAACAUGAAUAGCAGAUCAGUCAAGCAGACAGACAAGAGAUAUUUAACAGUCUUAAGUGAGACUUCUAAGGAGAGGGCAAUACUGAUGAAAGUGUUUCCCAUUUUUCCAUAUUUUGUAAACUGGGUUCAAAUCUUAGUCUCUUACAUAUUUGCACCUUCCUCUAUUUCAUAUGCUUUUAUAGUGUUUUCCUAUGCUGAUUCAGUCUAAACAAUGCAGGAACCUUUGACUGAUAUUUUAAAAAUUAUUUUGGGAGCAAGUGUGUGUGUCUGUGUGCGUGCAUGUGUGCACACAUAUACAAGUUUAUACAAAUGAUUGAUUUUUAAAUUAAAAUACCUGGGGCCUGCGAGCAGCAGCAGUGUUUGCAAUUGGUAACAAAAAGCUGUAACAAAAUAUUGGUGACAGUGAACAACUUCCCAGUUGUAGUAAAUUAGCAUUCUCUGCCAUAUAUGGCCUGAAGCUAUUUGCAGUCAUACUUACCCUGGUUUAAGGUCAGGAAGAUCAAAGGAUUCUUAUUGUCAAAGAUCUCAGACAGACCAAGUGUACAACUGACCUGUAUUUUUUUUUUUGCUCAUGAUUCAUUACACAGGAAAGCGUGGUCUGUUAAAAGUUGAUUGCUGGGUUUUGGAUCAGGCAGGCUAGGCUCAUGUAAUGAAAUUCAACUUCAGUAGUUUUAGACUGUGGCUAUUCCUGCAGCUGUAUUGAAGCAAUGUUUUCUAUGAUCACAUUUAAAAAUAUGUAUUUCAGCUCCGAGCCUAGAAUUCCUAAGUAGCAUAGGACUGAAUACAACCUUGUGUUUCUAUUGUUUUCGUUAAACUAUGGGAAUGUCCAUCUCACAAUGUUAAUACAGUUGAAUAAAACAGAUUAUAGUGCCUCCCUACAGCCAAAAAAAAAGGUUUGGGGCAAGGAUCCAAGCUACAGGUGGUGAGACGAGACUCAGGAUCCAACCUUCACUGGUUUCAACUAGAUUUUAAUUUAGAAAUGUUCCAGCAAACUAAGGAUUGGUGGUACAGAAAGGUCUGCUAAUAGCUGUCUUGAAUCUUAGCCGCUCUCAACUGUGUCUUAAUCUAAAAGCAAAGAAAACACCUCUGCGAUGGUCAUGGCAGUAAACACACAAUACUGAAAAUAACCCCAUCUCCCACGGUCCAUUGUCCUGGGAAAUGGUAUUGGGAGGAAGGACAGGAGGUCUUCUGCCAGGUAUAGUAGCCUGUAUGAAUAGUUUAGAGUAUAUUUGCAGUGUGGGGGAGGAAAGUGAUGAGUUCAGUGGCAAAGAUACUGUAGACCCUAGGAAGAUGUCAGUGGACUUUGGAGGGCUGGUGCUAUGCUAUGCCAUGCCUUGUCUUUUUUUUUUUAAUUCUACUUUCUCUUUGUGGGAGAAUAUCAGAAUUAUUGAAGCUACCUGCAGACAGGUCUAUACCCAAUGUAAACUGGCCUAUGAAGUCAAAUAGGAUGACUAUAGCAGUUAAGGACCUGUUUCCCAGACCACUGAAUCAAUGUUCUGAAAGCUUUAAGCUUGUAGCAUGUGCUCUUAAUGAUGUGAAAUGUUUAAAACCUGAGAUAGAGUUCAGAUAAAUAAGUGUUCCUGGAAAUUAGCCUGGGCCAGAACUGUCUAAUUUCUACUGUUGCAAAACAGUGACUCCCGGAUUAACAUAUCUCCUGGACUGGAGAGCUGUAGAGUGCAGGAGGCAGUGUGCAGUUUUUCUUUAACUCUAUUUCCUCUCUUCUCUACAGUACCACAAUUCCAAACAAAAGCAUUUUGGCCCACCCAUAUCCGUUAGUGGCAGGCUGACCUAUCUUUCCCUUGGAUAAGUCAGCUUGCUGCCACUGAGCCAAACAUCCCAAACUCAACUUUCCAUGGGCUCAGAAGACUCAGAAUGUUCUACCAGAAUAGAUUGUCAGCCUUAUUAGAUUUACUAGCUUAUGCUGCUUUGUGUCAUGAUGACCUGAGUGUUGAGCACAGGGUUUGUUUUUAAUUUAAUUCUCCGUUUUCCCAUUUAAAGAUAAAAGGAAAGAAAAUAAGAUUGUUUUAAAAAAGCCUGUUAUUUACAUGACAGCCCAGUUUUACAAAUGAACUUAUUCUGGAGUAUUACCAAGAAAAUAGAUUGCAGCUAGUGGCAUCUGAAGCCAUGGCAUACCUUGUCACAAUCCUUCUACAGAAACACAAGAAAAAGGUUACUGUCACAGUCACAGAUUUCAAAUAUGAAUUGUGGGUUUACAUUAGGAAAAAAAUGAUCAAUACUUGGCAGGGACCAAUCCACACUGAAUUAAGUCUCCUGAUCCUGUUAAGAACGCGCAUAACUUUUAGUGCAUGAACAGUCCUGUUAGGUAUUUUCUGGUUUCAGGCCCAUGCACACACAAAUUUCUAAAAAAGUUUUUAUGGAGUAAAAGGAUGACUAGGAAUAGAAAACUUCCAAGUUCAGGGUGCACCCAUGAGAAAACCAUCAUCCCAACAUUCUCUUAAACCAUGCAUAGCCAUGUGUUCAGUUUCCUCUACAGGCACAAUAGUUUAACCAGUUCAGCCUUUAGGCGCUUCGUCAAAAGGUCACAAUACCCCAUUUAAAUAGUUUCAGCCCGGUAUAUUUUCUGAUGGCUCAAUUUAAAAAUCCUGACAGAUUUCCAAAUAGAGUUCUCUGUGUCUAUGCUGUAUUCUUUCAAUAAAGUUCCCAGGAAUCAAAAAGCCAGCAUUUAACGUUCAUCAGACCCAAAUAUUAGACUGAAAGGGAAAUGUCUACAUGGCACAGUACACAUCAUGAUCACAACCUCAAAAUCUGAGGUAAUUUUGCAGAACUCAACUUUGUGAAACCCUGAUGAGACUUUUAGGCAGGACACUUUCUAUCAUGCACAGUAUACUGGACAUAAAUUUCUCAGAUAUGCCUAUUUUAUAUUUGCAUGAUAAAAACACAUUUGUAAUAAUAUGUUUUUCAUUGGCCCCAUGUACUACCUCUGACUCUAUAGAGACUCCAGUGGGAGCCUGGUCAUCUUUGUAUUGCAACACCAUCCAAGAUUGAUGGCUGUAAUUCUCAUUAAUGGCUCUGAUCCUAGAAGCUGAUUUGCUUGAGCAACACCAGAAUGGCUACAUGGAAUCUCAUGGAAAUAAACAAGGCUCCAAAUGUGCUCACGUACUUACCGUUCAAGAUUGGGGCCAACAUGCAGAAACCCUUGUUAAAAAGGAGGGUAUUUGGAUUUAAAACACUUGAUUCAUUAAAAAUUAAGUCUUAAAAUCCAGGUUACUAAAUCACUGCUAUUACAGACUUUCUAAAAGAGACUUCUGACCAGAUUUUUCUAACUAUUAUUUUUGAUAUUACAUAUUCCCUAAACAUUGUCAAUUUUAUGUUGAAUUCUUAUAAGAAAUCUAAUCCCGCAAGCCAUCCGGCUACUUUUUUUUAAAUCUUCACAUAAACCUUUAGAAGCCAGAAAUCCAAAUGUUCUAAAUUGACGUAAGUGAACAAAUCCAUUUAAAAUGUUAUUGAUUGCAGCAGUUGCCAAGGGUCUCCAAAAGUAAGGUUAAAGCCCUCAUUCUGAGAGAUACUAUCUCAUGCAGUGACUUGUUAUGACAGCUGUGGGAGACAAACUAUGGAAAUACUUGAUUAGUUUUAUUUUCAAAUAACAUAUGCAUUUUGGAUCCAAAGAUUUUGAUAUAAUAGAGUCCUCUUGCGCUAACACAAGAGGAUGCAAUUUAUAAGCCAGCCAAGAGACAGCUGAAUCACAUAUUAGUUCAUGCAUUUUACCUUCAUGUGUGGAACUAAGUGCCUCAAGAUGUUCUCAUCAGAAUUCAUUUAUUUAGACAGUGUUCUGGUUCCAACUGGAUGCUCAGCUGUGUGAGAUUUCACCUGUCUUUGUCAGAGAUGCAAUUUACAUCUUUCAAAUAGGGAAAUAAAAUUUCAAGGAGGGACAAACAAAUGCUAACAAAGAUUGUUAUUUCACUAUGAGACGGCUUCUGUUGCCUUUAAAUGCUCCUAUGGGAGCAUCACAGCUGAAACUGGAGCUUUGUGUUUGGUCUUGCUAAAGGAAAGAGUAUGCCCUAUAUUAUCUUCUGAGAUAUUGACAUCAUUUCUACUAAUAAAGCAUGGCAGCAUUUUAUUUGAUAUAGAUAAAGGUGUAUUAUUUUAAUCGGGGUAUGCAGCAUAUUGCCUCUCAAGUUUCCCCUUAAUUAAAAUGCCCAUGUGUAUGCCCCAAUGAUGCUGCUAUGCUACACAGCUAAGCCUUUUUCUAUCAUCCUGACACCAUGUCAGAAGGAUGUUAAAUUUACUCCCUUGGAACUAUAAGAGUUGUGCUCCACCUUCUGGUCCCAUGGGCCAGAAAAAUGGCACAGAGCCAGUUUCUGGACCAGGUCGAUCUGCUGACCAAAUUCCACAGGCAGGGUCAGCACAUGAGUUCGAUCUGCUGGUGUGAUUCUACAUGCUGGCCUGGUCCCACAUGCUCAGUCUGGUCAUGUAAUGAUCCCAUACACUGAUGUGAUCUGGCCCUUGGGCUCCCUUUGGGCUGGAUGACACAGCCCAGUGGGCCAGAUUCGGCUUGUGUGCCAGAGGGUGAGCACCACUGGACCAUGACAAUUGGAGAAUUUGGGUUUCCCAAAAAUUUUAAGGGGCAUGAAGACUGUAGAGCUUAAAUUGUAAUCAGUUUUUCACCUACCAACACCCAUUUUUCAUCUUUUUUUUAAACCCUAGCUUAAUCCAUAAAUAUGCCAGACUCACCUCUUCCAACAGUUUUAUAUGGAUACAACUCCAUUAACUUCAACACUUACAAUGAGUUUUCAGGGUUGAGAAAGGAAAACCAGUACAAUUCAAUUUAAAUUUUACAUAGAGCCAGAUUCCAAUACCUUUACACCUGCAAAAUAGGGCAGAUCAAAAGUUUUAUUCAGCUUAAGAGAAUCAGUAUCUUGCCCUUUAAAAAGAAUGGUUAGAGAAAUUCUGAAUACAUUUUCUAGGGCAUAUAGAAAAUCUUUAUAUUUGAAACAUGCUAAAGUAUCCUCUGAAUGUCCAUAUACAUGUAACAAAAUUAGACCUUCCAGAAGCACAAAAUAGUGGUUACAGCCUAGUUUGGGGAGUCAAAGGAGAUGUGAUUUACGUUUUGUUGGCAUGCUGUUUAUCUUCUUUCUUCCUCAUGUCUGUAUUUUAAAACAGAGAUGAUAAUCCUUCUGCCUGUCACACAGAUCAUGUGGUUUAAUUCACUAGCACUUGGUAAGGGCUUUGAGACCCUAGGAUGGAAGACUUGAGAAUUGCCAAAUACUGAAUUUUAUUUGAAGAAAUAUUUGGACUGAUGUUCAUACUUCUGAUGAGUGUAACUGAUGGAUGUGAAUUUUCAAUAUAUUGUUAUUAUUUUUAUAUAAAACAGACCUGAAGCUUGUAUGAGAUUUCUGUAUUUUCUAGUGAAGAGGAACUGGCAUCUUUAUAUUUGUAUGUCUGACAGCUUUCAAGGAUUUUUGUAACGGUGUUGUCUAGCUAACGUUGUGUCAUAUCCAAUAAAUUGGAGAUGUGUUUACCUUUCA